UAUUUUGACUGGCUUAUCACUUCACUGCAAUCUGUGACUAAGUUGUCGUCGGAGUGUUUAUCCAAAAGUAUAUUUUUGUGAUCUACCAGCUCAUUAUAAGAAAACAGUGAAGUUAAUGCCUCAAAUACAUCGAAUGGUGAAAUUCUCAAAAAGUCAAACCAAGUAUUCCAAUAAUGGAAUUCUUGUAACGAAUUAUUUAGCUUCUUAAUAUCUUCACCUUUUUUCGGGAAACAUGUGGAAGUAUGUUACGCGACGUAUCAGGGAUUCGUUGGAGAGGAGUGCAAACCAUUUUGACCGACGCAGUGCCACCGUAGUCAAUAAUGGCACCGCCAAUUUCAAUGAUGAUAAAAACGAUGACAAUAAAAAAGCUCCAUGCAAAUGGCUUUCAUUUCGGAAAUGCUGUAACUCAUACGGAAGGGAUGGUGGUGCUAACAGUAGGAGAUGGAGCUUUGAACAGCUCAACAAAACUUGGAUGGAUGCCAUAACAUGGAGCAGUGCAGUAGUCUUGGGAUGGUAUACUAGUCAGCUCAUUCAUUUAAAGUUGAAGAAACAACACAGAUUGACUCAGUCAAGAUGUCAAUCUAUGAACAAUUUGCUCUCAUCAUUAAAUCCUUAUUUAGCCUCCAUGAACAAAAAUGACUUUUACAUCAACUCUAUUUCUAAAAUUGGAAGAGUGGUAUCUGACUUCACACCAACUGUGUAUUUGAUGUCAAAUGAUCAACAUGAGAGUGACACGGGCAAAGGAAAUAACAGAUCUAGUACUGCUAGCACCUCUAGCCCUGAAUCCUCAGAUGAUGACUUGGGCGUGGUGUUGAACUCAAUUGAAAACCGACUUGGCUUAGCUGCUAUUGAGAACGGACAGUACCAGGAUGGUCUCAAUUUGCUAAGAUCAGCAGCAAAUCGAAAUCAUGCUCCAGCAAUGUAUAACUUGGGCCUGUGCUAUGAAUUAGGUCUUGGAGUGACUGUAAAUGAAAAAAUGGCACUAGAUUUAUACAAGUCAGCUGCGGCUUUAAAUCAUCCGGAAGCACUUUACAACCUCGGUAUUUACUACGGCCAGGGAAGAGGCGGCCUGAAGACCGACCAAGAAACUGCGACGCGAUUGCUCCGUCUUGCCGCAGUACAGGGCCAACAAAAUGCGAUUGAUGCCCUCAAGACUAUGGACGUUGACAUACACGAGUCUCGACAGAAUGACACAUGGACUUACCAAAAGGAACCAUUUUCAGCAUGUGAUAACAUAAUCCCCACACAAACGAGACUGUUUGUCGAUAAUAUUAACUAUAUUCCAGCAAGAGUGUAGGGAUAGUUCCUCUGUUCUUUCAAGUGGUGGUGGGCGAUGCUUCAGCUAGACACCUUUAUGAUUAGUUUCUAAGACACUUAAGAACUCGCGCAUGGCGUGUGUAUAUACCACGUAAUCAAAUUACAUGGUUCUCUUAUUUUAGUUUAUUUUUAUAAUUGGAAUGUUUAUGUCUUGAUUUUGAAACUUGCUUUGCCGUUUUUUAUAUUAUGUAUAAAGAAUAUUUGGUAAUAUGCACAAAUAAUCGAAAAUCCAGAAUUGCAUAUUUUAAUGCAAUACAUUGUCCAUGCUAAGACAGACACACAGGUGUAAACUGUCGAAGUUACAGAUCUGGAUAUAUGUAUGGAAAUAAUUUACCGCCUAGAUAUAAAUGAACGUGUUUUAUUGUUUAAUUUCGAUGUACUUAUGUCACUUAUUAAGAUUAUUGGAUUUGCACAGAAGCUGCGGAAUCUGUAUUAAUGAAUUUGACACAUGAUUAGUCUUUUCGAUCUGUGACCCUCGUAGUAUCCCAUUUGCGAACAAUAGGUAGUGUACAGGCAUACAAAUUAUAUGAGAACACAAAUUUUUCGUAUAUUAUACCUACUACUACUAUAUUGUACAACCAUUUGAAUACAAUAAAAAAAGUUGGAUUAUGAAGUGACGUGAUUAUUGAUAAGAUUAUCUGUACUUUGUAUAGAAGUCAAUAAAAUUAAUUUGUAAAUAA